AAGGGAACACUACUCGCAUACAGAGGUGCUGCAAGAGGAGGGGCAACACAGGUAGCUUCAGCGUCGCAUUCCUGAAGUACAACUUAUUGUUGUUCGGAGCUGCAGUCAGUCAAGACUCUGGGUUUUCUGUCUGAAGAAAUAUUAUACUAAGUUCGUCAGGUCUUCUCAACAACUUACUCUAAUACUGACAUGUCUUCUGUCAGCUGCCUGCUAUAUGAAGAUCAGUUCCUCUGCUCCAUCUGUCUGGAUGUGUUCAGGGAUCCAGUCAGCACACCAUGUGGACACAACUUCUGUAAUACCUGCAUCAUUGACCACUGGAAUAGUAAUGACAAAUACCAGUGUCCUAUGUGUAAAGAGGCUUUUGCCACAAGACCAGAUUUGAAAGUGAAUACUUUACUCUCUGAGAUGGUCGCUCAGUUCAGACAGUCGGCUCAACAGAAAGCCAGAAGCAGCCGCAGCAGCAGCUCAGAGCAACAAGUCUUCAAACCAGGAGAAGUUCCCUGUGACGUCUGCACUGAAACCAAACUGAAGGCCCUGAAGUCCUGCCUGGUGUGUCUGACCUCCUACUGUGAGACUCACCUGGAGCCUCAUCUGACAGCUUCAAGCCUGAAAAGACAUCAGCUGACCGACCCUGUGGAGAACCUGGAAGACAGGAUGUGUCCGAAGCACGAUAAACCUCUGGAGUUGUUCUGUAAGACCGACCAGACAUUUGUGUGUCUGCUCUGCCAUGUUUCAGACCACAAGAUGCAUGAUGUGGUUCCUCUGGAAAAAGAAUAUGGAGAAAAGAAGGUCAAACUGUGGAAGACAGAGGCGGAAAUUGAGCAGAUCAUCCAGAAAAGACAACUGAAGAUUCAGGAGAUCACACGGUCAGUCGACCUUGGUAAAGAAGAUGCAGACAGAGAGGUAGCAGAAGGUGUUCGGGUCUUCACUGCUCUGAAGGAUUCUGUUGAGAGAGGACUAAACGAGCUCAUUAAAAAAAUAGAAGUGAGUCAGGAAAUGGCACAGAAACAGGCUGAGGGUUUAAUCAAAGAGCUGGAACAGGAAAUCUCUGAGCUGAAGAAGAGAAGCUCUGAGGUUGAGCAUCUCUUACGCUCUAAAGACUACCUCCAUCUUCUCCGAAGCUUCCAGUCCUUUAAAUCUGCUCCCCAUACAAAGGACUGGACAGAGGUCAGUGUCUGUCAAUCAUACGAGGGGACUGUAGUAAGAAAUGUGCGCCAGCUGGAGGAGACAAUCAGUAAAGAGAUGAAGAAGCUGCUUCCUGUGGCUGAGCUGAAGAGGGUCCAGCAGUACGCAGUGGACGUGACUCUUGAUCCUGAUACAGCACAAGCUGAACUCAGACUGUCUGAUGAUGGGAAAGAAGUGAGUCAUUGUGGUGGGAAGAAGAAGAAUCUCCCGGACAAUCCAGAGAGAUUUACUAAUCGUACUUUUGUUUUAGGAAAGCAGGGUUUCUCUGCAGGCAAAUUCUGCUAUGAAGUUCAAGUUAAGGGGAAGAUAAACUGGGAUUUAGGAGUGGUCAGAGAGUCGAUCAACAGGAAGGGAGGGAUCUCAAUGAGCCCUCAGUGUGGCUAUUGGGCGAUAUGUUUGAGAAAUGGACAUAGGUACAAUGCUCAUGCGGACCCUCCAGUCAGCCUCUCUCUGAAGUCUGAGCCUCAGAAGGUGGGGGUGUUUGUGGAUUAUGAGGAGGGUCUGGUCUCCUUUUAUGACGUAGAUGCUGCAGCUCUUAUCUACUCCUUCACUGGCUGCUCCUUCAACAGGAAACUGUUGCCGUUCUUCAGUCCCUGUAAUAAUGAUGGUGGUAAAAACUCUGCACCUCUGAUCAUCUGUCCUGUCAAGGCCUGACCUUAUCAUGACUACUUUAUAGAAUAAUAAAAGCAUUGACAACAGUACAUAUACUCAUUAAAUGUGUCUUUAACCUUUCAUAUCCACAUUGUAAAUGUGUACCAGAAAACAUUUCAUAGCACAAAAGCAGCAGAAAAUAGGAUGCCAAUGGGUUACAGACAUACCAAAAACACACGCCUGGCUGAUCCAUUUUUAAAUGAAAGUAUGUGUUGUUAAUUUUUGGUAAGAAAUGCUAAUGUUUGUGAGGUAAUGUGCAGUGAUGUGGUCAAUAAUGAAAAAAGAACACCCCCUAUACACGGCUGCAUACUAAAUAAACCUACAACUUGAUUCAGAAUAUUCAUUUGACAUUUUUUAUUGAUUAAAAAAGAUUGGUCAAUUUGCGGACUAUUAGCGUAAAUUAACAGACCGCUAGAAUGUCCAGCUGGACCAAUCAGAAUUGAGUAUUCACCUAAACUGUGGAAUAAUUAGUAUUAAUGCACUGUUCUUUAUCAUUUUUUUUUAUGAGCUUUCUAUUUUUACUGUGUGUCAUAAAAGUUACGUUUUUUUUACUGUUAAAACUGAUUUUGUUUUUAAACAUCUUUUUUUGUGUGGUUUCUGUUUUGCUCCACAAUGUAGUGAUAAUUACGAAUGGUUUACUUUGUGAAUCACUGGACUGGGGAUGCACUGAUAUGCAGUUAUUUUAGUUAGAUCUUAGUUAUUGGUAUGAAUGUUAUUUAGCUCUGGGAAUUAUUCUGUUAAUCUCUUUGGAUGUUGAUACAAACCAUGUCUUUCUUCAACUUUUAUAGAAAAACGUUGAUAACAUGCAAGCCUUGUCACAAAACCAUGAACAGUGUUGGUAUUGGUAAACAACCACGUGCCUUCACAACAACAAUACAGAUAAGUAUUGAGUAUAUGAGGGAGAAUAUCAUACUCAACUGAAAAUGACAAAGAGCUACUAAUUCAAACAAUAUACAAUGUAAUGAAUAGGAAUCAUUUCUACUAUAUUUCUAGUUUGUAUCUAUUUUUGUCUUUUUUUAAUAAAAUGUUUAAUAUGAAGCAUUAUGGAUGAUUGUUCAGUCUUUGCUUGAAUAACAUAUGUACCAGAUAACAUUGAUUUUUAAUGGUUUCCUAACGUCCAUGAUAUAUAUUUUUAAACCUCUUUUAUGCUGUUGUGUUAGUGACUAUAACAGAUGCUAUCAAUUGACUUUGU